AUGGAUGAACAGUAUGGCCAGUAUGGCCAUUGGCAUCCACAAGGACAAGCUGGUGAACUAAGGGACCCCCAGGACGGACAGAAAGCUCUGCAAACAGUCUCAGCCUCUUCGGAGCUCUCGCAGGCGCAGAAACAGCGAGAGGGAGAGGAUAAUCAGUGUUCGUGUUCGGGUUUUGUUGGAAGGAGAUUGAUCAAAAGAAGCAAAGGAGGCAAGAGGGUUUGGGCCUUUUUGGGCAAGACCGAAUCUGAGGCAGCCUUUGAAAAAGCCAAUGCCAUGAGCAUAGAAGAAAGGGAGGUUUUGGCACGGGCAAGUCAGAAGCCCAGGGAUGUUCCGAGAUGUGCCAAGAUCAUCCAAGAUCCAGCCAGACGAGAAGAGUUGUCCGCGGAGAAGGAGGCAGAGGUGCUGACGCAUCUCCCCGGCACAGCAUAUUGA